UUGAAUCCUCCCGGAGCUCUUUGAAAACCAGCCAGCAGAAGAUUUAUUAGCUGAUGCUAAUGGAGAAUCAGACGUGUGAAUAGUGUCUUGGCAACAACUGAAUAGCAUAAGCUGUUAAGAGUUCAGUGGGUUGAACUGCAAUCCUUCAAGUUCAUCUGUUGACUCCAACACACAACUAUUAUAAACUGUGCCUCUAAAACACGUGAUGAAACAUUUCUUGAGAGCUAUUUAUUCCAACUGCAGCAGAGGAAAGUUUUCAGAACACCCGGCAUUUGGUGGAGGAAAGGUCUCUUGAGCUUUGCAAAAGGAGGAAUUAUUUGCAUACCAACGCUUUGGCUGCAGUAAAACACUUUCCGUUCUGAAAAUGGACCAUACAAACAUGACACAAGCCGUGCUUGAUGCUGAAUCCCACAACGCAGAGAAGAACAACAGCAACGAGUACUUUUACAUUCUGAUUGUCAUGUCUUUCUACGGGAUCUUCCUGAUAGGAAUAAUGCUGGGCUACAUGAAAUCCAAAAGAAAAGAGAAGAAGUCUAAUUUGCUUCUGCUCUACAAAGAUGAGGAGAGAGAAUGGGGAGAAGAUGUAAAGCCUCUACCAACCAUAUCUGGGCUGAAGUCUGUGCAGUUCCCCAUGAUGCUGAACAUGCUGCAGGAGAGCAUGGUGCCGUCCCUGUCCUGCACCAUCUGCUCCAUGGAAGGCAGCAGCGUGAGCUCCGAAUCCUCGUCCCCAGAUGUGCACUUCACCAUCCAGGAGGAAGUGCUGGAUGCGGAGCUGGGGGAAGUGUCGGAAACACUCUUCCAGGAGAGCAGCGAGGGGUCUGUGGAGAACAUCCACAGGAACUCCUAGCACUUGCAGGGCUCCCUUGAUCAGCUGCCAAAAUGUCAGUGGAGCUCCCACUGGGAACUUGUGGUUCUACUUUCCUGCUCUCCAAUGAACUCCAACAGGUAUCUGUGCCCCCGGGCUGGAGGUGUUCCUGAGAGCUGGCAGGACAAGCAAGCAGUGGUACCCAACACCAAAGUGUCACUUGCACACGACUGGGAUGCUUAAUUUUAGUUUUCCAUUAUUAUUUCUUACCAUAAAAACAAAGAACAAGGAGAUUACGUAUGUAUUUUCUGACAAGGUAACCAAUACUGGCAUGUUUCUGCAUAUUUCAGAAUUCUGCAAAUGGCUGUGAAAUGGUUAGGGAAGUUACCCUAACGCAAGUGCCUGGUUGACAAAGAUGAUGCAUAAUGCUUGUUCACGCAGAACUGUAAUAGACUAGAAGUACUUUUACUGUGUUUUUCUUAUAAAAAGCCACAGUGGUUUUGCUCAGUGAGGCCUCAAAAGCUGAAAAUCUGACAAUGCUGUAGCUGAAGGGAGAUUGCAGCAUGGCUGGAGACUGACUUUAGGCACAGAGAGAAUAAAAGGAUAAAAACCCACAAAACCAAAAAACAACUGACAGACUGAAUUUCUAGGAGGUUUGUAAAGCCCAGGUUCAGAUCCAUGCCACUAUAUCUAUCUUUGCUUUAGUUGUACCUGUACUGGUUGGGUCAGGUUCACUAACUUCUGCUGCAAUCCAGCCUUUAACUGAGUCACUAGUAGAAAAAGUCUCUUUUUUCUCUUUUUUUUUAACUUCUGUAUUUUUUUAGAAGACAUAUAUAUUUGAUCACUAAAGGCAAAGAUCUGUAAGUUAAAAAAAGACAUUGAAAGAUCUUUGUCACAAGGCGCAAGAUGUGGAAAGGCUUGAACAAAUGCUGCUCUGUCAUGCCCCCUUGAAAAACAGGUGGAAUUCAGAAUAGAAUUUAACCUAGCAAGGGUGAAAUCCUGCCCCACUGAACUCAUCAGCUGAGUCCUUCUGACUUCAGGGGACAUGCACAAGAUUUAGUGCUUCUCUGUUGGACUUAAAUUCUCCAUUUGAGGUCAGUGAAACUGUACCCAUUUGCAUCAUUAAAGAACUGGGCCUUUCUGCUCUAUUUAAGCCAGUGUAGAUAAGCGUUGCAUUACAUCUUUUUGUUUUGUUUUUAAUCAGCUCGCAUGUGACACAUGCAUUUUAUAAAGUCAUUAGUAACUAGUUUUUAAAACCAACACAAACCUUCCCCCCUGAUUUAAUGGUACUGUGAUUUUUUUCGAAUGCUUAUGAAAUUAGUUACUAAAUUAUUGCACUGUUAAAAGAAGUAGUGUUAAUAUUGUAGCAAUGUAUGAUUAUUUCAAUCAUACCUUAUAUUUUAUAAUAACUUAUUACAAUGUUUGGAUUAGUUCUGAACCAUAAGGGCUAAAGAGCCUGAAUCUAAAGCAUUGCACAGCAAAAUGUUUGCAAAAUAUCUCCACAUAUUUCCUGUGCUAAAAUAGCCCUGUGAUUUAUCCCCUGGCAUUAGAGCUUGAGAGACAGCUUGAAAACUAUGGACACUGAACAGCAGAAAUGAGCUGAGACAAGAGUCUGCUGUACUUCUGCUGUUUAGAAGGGAGAGCUCUGAUUUUGGCUUGGAGGGUUAAUGCGAUGUGAUGCGUCCCACAGAGGUAUCACUGUCUCUGCAGCAGAACAAACUCUCCACUGUGCUCAGAAAGGGCCUGAUUCCGUUCAGACUGAAGGCACUGGGAGAUUUUCCAUCCACUUCAGUGAACUUUGGAUCAGACUAUAUAAAGCUUUUUGGUAGAUUUACUCCAAAGGGGCUGUUUUAAGUUUGAAAGAAGCCAAUUUAAGUUUGGCACUUUGCCUGGAAUCACUUGAAUCCUGAAACUUUCCAAAUGAGACUGACAUGCACGAGUUGUCACAUUUUCCAUUGCUUUGUCCUUCAUCCUUUUACUUUUGGUAUAAAUGUAUUUGUAUCUGUAAAAAAGCGAUGUAUAUAAUUCCUAACAUUGAGUUGUAUAUAAUUGUCUCAUGUAUUUAAAGUUUAUUGUUUCUACUGGCACUAAUUUUUAUUUAAAUAAAGAAACACGUUUCCUGGAAAAA